AUGAAGCUAUCCUCGAUUGCUCGAAUCCAUCCAGAACCACAGCCAUUUUUCAGCGCAAUUGAGGAGAUGAAGGAUCUUGAACACUUGGAUUUGGACGUUGGGCUUCCAACCAAACCUUUAUCCACCAAUCGCAUCACCCCCCUCAGCCACCUGAAAACACUGAAGUUAAAAGGCUCGCUGCCGGAGUGCAACAAUGUCAUGAAGCAUUUCGCCAUCCCCGUUUCAGCCACCUUGGACCUGACUUGCACCAUUAAAGCUGGCGACACACGGACAAUUGCCUCGACUUUUGGAUCGACCAUUACUUCCUCAUGGCUCGCAUCUCCCCUCUCAGACACAUCGCCCCCUCUCAAAUCCAUAGUGUUCGGAGGGUACCAUACCAUCCAAGGAUUUUUCAAGACUGUAGAUUUCGAUCAUAGCACCAAGACGGAGCCUCCCCUCAAGGUAUAUGUCAACGAAACCAUUUUGGAGUUGUCCUCAGACCUCCUUUCCGCACUGCCGUUGGACAAGGUUGAAACCCUCGGUCUAUUCCAUUGCACAGCAUGGUCACUCUUACCAGCAGUUUCCCUGCUACCUCACCUGCACACCAUCUGCAUCGAUCGACUUGGAGGUGAUGAUUUCUACCUGUACGUCGCAGCCGAUCCAGCCAUUCAACACCAAAAGCCCCGUAAACCGUUCACGAAGACCCCUAUCACCCUGGAUACAGUGACUGGAAGCCUACCGCCAACGACCUUAACGCGUUUUCCCUCCCUUACGACGCUCAUUUGCAGAAACGUCGAUUUCAUGAACGUCAUCCCCUUAUCUGACUUCAAAGAGUUGUUGAUGUUACGGGCGGAGAAGGGGAGGCCGCUUCGGUCGCUGCAUCUGGAGAAGUGCGUCCGACUGGAUCGUCAGGACGUUGAUGAGUUGGCGGACAUUGUGGACAACGUUGAGUGGGAUGGAGAAUUUAUCGAUACGUAUUCGGACGAGGAGUCUCAGGGGCCGGAAUGUGGGGAUUGCGGGACGUCGGGAUGUGAGCAUUGCGAUUUUUGA